ACAAAUGAAUGAGUUUUUCUCAAUCCCCUGUGAACUGUUCUACAGUCUUGUUUUAAAAACGGAUUAAAAAGGAGGACACUGAAGCAGAGAGACGUUACUGGCCUUAUUUCCACAGGAACUGACUUUGAAACAGUUCCUAGUUAGUGGUUUGGCUGAGGUAAAAGCUCUAGCUCUAAGUUGCAGGCAGCUCCAAGAAUUAUUCCCAGUCCCCUGCUUGGGACAAGCCUCCUUGUCCAGAUGUAUGGCUGCAUACAUUCAUACAGAACAAGCACAGUAAGCACUGCCACUUGUGGGUUUCACUUGCUCUGCUGAGCCCGCACUGAGGAACUUUUAAAAGUGGAAAGGCAUUCAGAGGCAUCCUUUUCUUUUACAAGCUGCAGACAUUUGCCUCUUAGUGAAGAAGGUCAUCAAGCAGGCACAGAGAUCUCUGUGAAUAUCACUGCAGCAGGUUCCAAAUGGCUCCUCGUUGCAGUAGCUCUCCCCACUGCCUUAUAUUGCAGACCAGCAGAGUUAUAUUUGGAGACAGAUAUCGGGAUUAUGUUCCCAAGAGCCUCUGAUGGAGUAAGUUCAGAGUGUGUUGUCAUGAUGGACGUGCACACAUGUGCCCUAGCAGAGUAGAGGUCAGCCAUCAUUCAUGAAUAUGUGGAGACCACUUACAGUCCAGUUACAGCAUAUGCUAGUAACACGUGUUCCCCACACACCCUGUUUUCUCCCCAGUAAGCUGCUAUAUUUUUAAUGUCUCCAUUAGCUUUUGGAACAACUGACAGCUUUAAGCUUUUCCCUGCAAUGAGCUCCAAUGUGGAAACAUCAUGCAGCUUUCAAUCACAAGACAAAUGGCUAAAGAUUUCAAGAGGAGAUUCCAGUUCCAGAAUAGGAAGCCUGCCCAGUCAACCCUACACUUUUAAUAUAAUUAUUAUUUAUUCAUGACCAACCAUAAAUGCACCUGGUUCCUGCAGUACUAUUUGUCUUCAGAAAUGCCCUUGCUGAAAUUGCAGCUUUUUUUUUCAGACACUGCAGAAAAGCAAAAUUCAUGAAAACUUGGGUGAAACCACUCUGUUGUCACAACUUCAUAAUGACCUUACUAACAAGCUGGAUACCAGUCCCAACAGCAUUUCUUCUCUUAUAUUUUUGGAGAGCAAAGGUAUAUGCUUCUGGAAACCCAGAGGAGGAAAUAGAUUACACAUAUGUUAUUAUAGGAACUACUCUGGGAGCAGUUCUAGCAAUCGGUUUUGUAGCAGUAAUAAUCUGCAUGAUCAAAUCCAAAAUGAUUGACAGUGUCUUUGGAGAGUCAGAUGGCAAAAUGGAUAGAAGGUCAAACACAGGUUCAAGCCAAAGCAGAUGACAGCAAUGCAAUAAGAAAUCAAAGUAUAAAGAUCAAUAACUCUUUUGCAUCAACAGUUACCUGGUCUGAGGAUCAAUAAAAGUCUCUUGUGCAUAGGCAGGAAUCUUACCAAUACCAAUCCUUUUCUUUGUUCUUUAGUUGAAAGGCUGAUUGAUUGUUUACAGGAAGAGCUUACAGUGCAGCUAACUUCAAUCACCUGCACCCAAAAGACCUGCAAUCCCCCUCAGCAUGUACAUGAAGGAAAUGUAUGAGGAGAAUAAAAUAGAUGAGGUCUGUUCACUAAUAGAUCCUCUUUAUUCUGUGAUAAGUACACGAUUGAUUUCUAAAGUCAGUUAAAUACCAGGUAAUCAGAAAGGUGUCAAUGUAAUUCAGCAGCAGAAUUCAUGGUCACACCCAUAUUUCAAGAUAAUUGAAUAAUGAUUUCAGCAACUUGGAAAAUCAUUCAUUUGAGGUUAAAACAAAACAAGGCUUCUCAUUUAUUUCAAAAAAUACAUGUUUUGUGUUAGAAAGAAAACAUGUCAUUAAUUUAAAGUUUUAUCUUUUUUAGAUCUAGAACUGAUUUCUUUUGUAGGUGGUGCUGGUGUUUUCAAUCAUUUAAAAUUAAUUAUGGCCAUUUAAAAUUAAAAAUUAAUUUUUGACAUAAUGUUUUUCAUGUUCUGUUGAUCAUUCAUGUCAACACUGUACAAACAAGCUAAUUUGUUGUUUCCAGAAUUUCCCUAUCCCUAUUUUUUUUUUUUAAUAAAACAAUGCACUAAGUUCAGUCAGAGUUUGUGAAUAAUUUCAGUUUCCCAGCACCUUAAUUUUUGUUCUAGCCUUAUAUGUUCUGGUGGACUUGAUUACAUCAAAAUUGCAUUGCCUGGCUCCAAUUACAAGCUUGUUACAGUGGGAAUGAUGAGAAGAAAAAUUCCAGCUUUGUUUCAGAACAUUUAGACUAGUUCAAAUAAUUUAAAGUAAUUUAAACCCAAGUUAUUCUGUAAACACUUUCCAACUUUUACCAAAGCUUUGAGUCAGUGGUUUUGGUCUCAGUUCAGAAAAUAAUGCUGUAGUUUCUGUUCUGUUUAAUUCUCUUCUUUCAAGAAUGCUGUAUAUAAUAUAUUGUCAUCACAAGGUGCAAGAAAAGAGGAAGAUUUUUGUAUUUUAAGCCAGGCUUUUCUUUCACCUUGUGAAGACAGGACAGCCAAUGUCAGCUGUGGGAGCUUUGGGAACUCUUGGCCAGCAUCCUCUGCUAUUCCUUCAACUCCUCUCAGGAAACCCAGCAGAGCUUCGAGGCUUGGGGGCCUCAGGUAGAUGGCAUGCCCAACUUAAUUAAGUAAUAUCCCAAUAUUUCACAGGCAGAGCUUUAUGUUGUAGCAUUACAGGAUGACUCCAAACAGAACGUUACACUGUUUUAUUGCAAAUUAUCAAUAUCCAGGUCCAAAGACCACAACCUGUAAAUAAAGAGGAUCUUGAUAAGCUUUUAGCGCAAGCCAAUGUCUAUAGACAUGUGGGUUUUUUAAAUCUCUCACCUUACACACAUUCUUAAAGUUCACUUUUUUACCUGUUUCUGCUCUCAGUGUGGCAGAUCAUAAUAAAUAAAAUUCUUUCCAGCUCUCCACUUAUAGAAGAGAUUUAAUCCAACUUCAAAAAAGAAAAAAAAAGAAAAAAAAGAAAAAAUAAAAAAUGAAAAAGAAAUAAAAAAAAGAGCAAUCGUAAGACUGAAGUCCAAGCUAGAAAUUCUGACUGUUAUUAAGAAAUAUCAUGGAGACAGGGUCUCUUAUCCAGUAAUCAACUUUCAGAUCAGGCAGAGUUGAUGUGCUGGGUCAGGGACUUAGAGGAAACAUACUGUUAGAGCAUAAGAGCAGAUACAUCAGAAUUUUGGUUUUAUAAAGAAUAAGCUACUGUACUACUUGUAACUAAAGGGAUUUCAAUGUGAGCAUUUUUUGACUUUUGCAAAGCAGGUCAAAUGUGCAAAGGAAACUGGAUAGUAAUUUUUCCAUACCUUUUGAACAACAAAAUGUAACAUUUAUUAUGAAAGAAGAAUGAUAUCUUGGAAUAUCUUGGAAUACUUUCCCUGGUUUCCUCGGUGUCUGUUGCCCAUUUCAGUAACACUGCAGUUCAUUAGCAGCAUUUGCUAACAGAUAAACUAAAGCAGUAAUGUGAUACUUGUAAGUAAUUGUGUGUACAUGUGUAAGUGAAUAAAGCAUC